AUGGGGCCCCCGGGCAAUAGGGGAUCAUGGGGCCCCUGUGUCCUUGCCCAAACUCAAAAAAGCCUAUGAAAAAGGUACCAGGGGCAUCUCAUGGGGCCCCCUACUCACCCCGGGCCCUAAAUAGGAGAUCAACUCAUGGGGCCCCUGGGCAAUAGGGGAUCAUGGGUCCCCUGCAGGGGCGCACUGACAACUCAUGGGGCCCCUGGGCAAUAGGGGAUCAUGGGGCUCCUGUGUCCUUGCCCAAACUCAAAAAAGCCUAUGAAAAAGGUAUCAGGGGCAUCUCAUGGGGCCCCCUAGUGACCCUGGGUCCUCGGGCAGUGCCCGAGUUUCCAAAUGGUCAGUCCGCCCCUGGGCCC